CACGAGUCAGCGGCAAAGCCAGGAGUUGAAUAUUUUGUGUGUGGCGAAACCAGCUGUAGUGGACAUGUAGCUAGUGCAUUACCACCGCUCUGUGUUUGAAUCUAUCAUAAAUACUUUUUUCUUUCUCGAGUGUAUUUUAUCCAGUAAGUUGACGUAAAAGGACAGGUUUGCUAGGUUUCUCGAGUUCUGUCAUUGUAGCUAGCUCGUGUGCGAUUAUUAUCGGUGUAGCCAUCUUCCUAGCUGCUGACAAUGGUCUGAAGGCUGCUGUGCUGGUGUCGUGUUGAGCUACCUGAAGAAGCGGCCCGGACCAUAACGUUAGCUAGUUGGCUUUAUCCCAGUGUAUGUUUGUCAGUUAGACGACCACUUCGGCCAUUGCAUUGGAUUGUCUGCGGAUUGCUGGCUGGCUAGCUAACGUUAGCUGGGUAAACAGAGCGGGAAAGCAUCUGUCAUGCAGAUUUGACAGACAACUAGCUAGCUAGCCAGCUAACUUAGCUCUUUAUCCAUGGAGUACAGAGGGAUUUCUCUUUGGAGUUUGGACCUACGAUUGAUGACUUGCCUUUGAGUCUACGGUAACCACUAGAGUUGUAAUAAGAAAAGCAUCCAAUGCAAAAGUAUUGAAAGGUAACUAACUACUAUACAUUUAAUGGCUACCUAGAAAAUCAUGAAACGACUGACUUGAUUAUGAUAGCUAUUCAGGCCGGCCUGUCACUUUUAUUUUGAUAACGUUGGUUAGCCAGACAUUUAUUUAGCUAUUGACUGCUAACGUUAGCUGUGAUUGAUUGUUAUCCAUAUCCAGCUAAUAUUGGCUUGUAAUGUAAUAUAAAAUAGAUAAACAUGGUGAAAUAGUUUGCUAGUAGUAUUAUGGUUAUAGUAAGGUUUAGCAUGAGCCAACCACUGAUUUUGUGAGAGCCUGUAUUAUCUGCCUAAGACCCUAUGUGACUUCUAUACUAAGUAACUAGCCAAGCUAGAGGUCCCAGAUAUGGGAUACCAACCUUACUUGUCUGAUGAUAGUUGGCUUUGGAAAGCUCUGAUGUGAUCUAAUUUGAUACUUAAGACCUUUUAGAUUGUAAUAAUCAUGCAGUGUCAUUUCCAAGUCACUGGGUUGAAAUUUGUCAUUGUUGGUUUGAAAUCUGAAGUUGUAAUAGUUAAAUAACUAGGCUAGUAGCUUACGUUCUAGCUACAUUCAUGCGAAAAUGUCACUCAAACAUUUCCUCUCCACCCUCUUCCUAGCAAACCUCCAUUAUGGAUUUCAGCACAUCGUUGACCUUGUGGAUUGUAUGCUUAUGCCUCCUGAGGGAAAGUUGGACGGUCCAAGCCAGCUCAGACCACCAUCCUAUUGAUAAUGGUGUGUCAGGUAUGUAAAUAUCAUUCAGAAAGUUCUGAACAUUAUGACACACACGCAAUCAUUCAGCCCAUAUGCCAGCAUGUGUAUUCAUCGAAUACUCCAUACACCAUGUGAUCAAAAUUGGUCACAUUGUAGACUUUUGUUGCAUUGUCAGUGUACUAGAACCUCCUCUACCAUUUCUGUAUUUAGAAAUUGUGCCGGCUCUAAAUGCAGCCAUGCUGAGAAUAGUUAGGGUAUGCAUUCUCCAUUAAGCUCUGUCCUCGGGUGAUCAUGGCACACAGUCAAGUCAGGGAGAAGUGCAUCUUGGUAGUGAGUUUUUUUUCCCUUACCUAUUGACAAGUCAGUCAAAAAGUUUUUCACUUAUCGUCACUAGUUUUGCCACAUCAUUCUUUGUAAGAACAAAAUGGAAUGUGUGAAAUGAUUGUCAUAGGUUUUGUUUAAACUGAGAAUUUUGGGGACUUAGCAGAAUGUAAGGAACAUCAUAUAGGUGCCUAAGCCUCAUGUCAGCUACAGUAGUAGGCUAGAGCUAACCUAUCCAUUGUUAGUUUUACACCGGAUCAGACCCUGGAUUUAUGGAAAUGUUAGCUGUGUUGAUUGAUUGGGAAUGGACAAUUAUGGGAAUGUCCUAACCAGUCUCCUCUGGCGUUCCCUUUUUGGUGGGUAUAGAUCAUGCAUUGUCAUGUCAUAUUUAUACAGCUUAGGGCAAAUUAAGUGCCUGCCCAUAAUUGUAUCAUCACUGUUUAUACAGGGCUCUUAUGAUUCCACAUGAACAGUGUUGAUGUUGAACUUGUGGCAUUUGUAAUUGAUCAUGUAGUGCCAUGCUUCCUGUCCAAGGGGCCCUUAACUAAUGUAGGCCUAUUCCUGAACAGUUUAGACAUUUAGAAAUUAAUAACAAUAGCUUUGAAGACCACUCUCGGCCCUGACUUUUGUAAGUUAGCCUAUUCUAUACCACUUACAGUAAUUGUGCCUCUACUUGUGAGGUCUUUUGAUUUGACGUCAUGCAUUGAGGCCAGACCGCGUAAAGGCUUUCGCUGAAUUGGACAGGGGCCCAGUCAUGGAGUGAUACAUGUUUGGCUGUCACAGUGACCCAUCUCCAAUAAAGAUUGUAUUUGUGGUAAAACAUUAAAGACGGUUGUAGUGGUUUGUUGAACCUGUUGGUGGUGAGACAUUCAGUGACUGUGGCCUGGCUAACCACGUACAUAAUGUAUAGGCUAGUGCCUGUGCUCAGCAACAGUUACUAGCUCGUGGCGCUUUUGUGAUGAAGAGGCUCGGUGCCUGGAGAGGGUUGACUACUACAGACUACAGCCUGCUACGGUAAGCCUGGUUGGGCAUACUGAAGUCAGGAUGGGAAACAGUAAUUACACCGGCAGUGAAGUGGAAUGGUCCAGAGGGCAAGUGCGUGUUGAGUCUUCUACUGGCACACACACAGAGAGGGUUACAUAACUUAAAGCUUUUGAAAAGGUAGUCUAGUAUGUAAAUAUCUAAAUCUCUAGCCCCAGUAACUUUGCAAACCAAAUGAGAAAGAGGGUGUGUGUGUGAGAGCUGCAGGUGAUAAACUUCAUUCUAUUUUUUCAUCGUGGCGGUGUUUGCUGAAGAAGCACUGGGCUGCAGUUCUGGAACAUAGACCCACUGGUAUUUUCAAAUGCCCAAAAAGUUACCUUUUAACCACCACCACAUUCUUGGGUUGUAGACUUAACCUUUACAUUAUUGGGUUGUAGACUUAACCUUUAUCUAGUAGGCUAGCUGUGUUCAGCACACUGACUUGUGUGGGUUGAUUUAGAGCCCCCAGAAAGAUUUAUGCUGUUAGAUUGCUGAAUUUAAAGAACAGAUCGACCUGGAAUGGAUUUGUCAUUCAGUUGUCUGGAGCCAUAUUAGCCAGGAGGCUUUCAUUUUGAGAUGCAUUGUUAUUGUCUAAAAGUAGUAGGCCUGUUAGCUUAGACUACUAUGUUUGCUAAAGGCUGUAUGCUGGCACAAGAUUGCUCACAUAAGCUACGCAUUGCAUCCUCGUUGAGAUGUGAACAGAUAGGGGUGUGACUUUAGAGUCAAACUGCCACUAUGGCUGGAGUUUGAGAUUUGGUGCCUUCCAUUGCAGCUGUAUAGCCUAGUUAUGGCAGAGGAAAUACUGUUUUUGAUCAGAAAAUGCUCCACCCCACUUUCUGCUGCAGUGCAGUGGCAUAUGCUGCUGCUAGUAUGUGUGCGUUGGAGAGAAGGCUUUACAGUCAGAGAAUGUUAGCAUGUCUUAACAAGCGGCUAUGGAAAACCUGACAGAAUUGUCAGUUGAUGGAUUAGCAGCUUGUUGUAGCCUACUUGCACUGUUAAUAAUUUUUAUUUUCUUGUUAGAGUUCCCAGUAGAGUGGGAGGGUGUGUAACGAAUUUGUCCGUUACCUCAUGCACACAAAGGCUUCUUGAAGUCAGGAACAGUUUUACUCAAAUUGACAAUUUAUUGAAUAAAUAGAUGAAUACAACAACAGUUAAAAUCAGCAUAUGAGCUAAAACAAGGAUAACAAGUUAAAAAAGGUAAGAGCAUAAAAUGCUCUCCUCUGUCCUUGUUUUCGACUACCCACACUUCCUCUGUCCUUGUUAUCGACUACUCACACUGCCUCUCUCCUCUGUCCUUGUUUUCGACUACUCACACUGCCUCUCUCCUCUGUCCUUGUUUUCGAACUACUCACACUGCCUCUCUCCUCUGUCCUUGUUUUCGAACUACUCACACUGCCUCUCUCCUCUGUCCUUGUUUUCGAACUACUCACACUGCCUCUCUCCUCUGUCCUUGUUAUCGACUACUCACACUGCCUCUCUCCUCUGUCCUUGUUAUCGACUACUCACACUGCCUCUCUCCUCUGUCCUUGUUAUCGACUACUCACACUGCCUCUCUCCUCUGUCCUUGUUUUCGAACUACUCACACUGCCUCUCUCCUCUGUCCUUGUUAUCGACUACUCACACUGCCUCUCUCCUCUGUCCUUGUUAUCGACUACUCACACUGCCUCUCUCCUCUGUCCUUGUUAUCGACUACUCACACUGCCUCUCUCCUCUGUCCUUGUUAUCGACUACUCACACUGCCUCUCUCCUCUGUCCUUGUUUUCGAACUACUCACACUGCCUCUCUCCCACAAACACAUAUAUGCCUGUAUUCAAUCAACUCAAAUUGGUGGAAGGGGCUACACUUAUCUCAUUAGCCAAUCCUGACUCAACACACACACAUUCCUCACAUAUAUAUAUAAUUACACACUUAACUGUAGCAGACUACACGUUUGACUGGAAGGAUGUGAAAAAAGACUGAAAAACAGGGCCCUUUAACAAAUAAACAUUAACACAGUCACACGCACAAUGGGGAAUGGAUGAGUCUUUAGGUGAGGAUGUGCCAUCAUCCUCACAGGGUGUCAGCUGUGGCUGUUGUUGAUAUGCCUGGAUAUUAUAGAAUCGAUUCCACAUUGGCCAGCUGUCACAGCCUCUGUGAUUGGAUUGUUCCAGCUCUUGACAGGUCAGGGUAUGGUGACUUUUGUGGAUCCAAAGAAAUGUAAUCAUUUGCCCCUAUGCUGUUGUCAACAGCUUGGCUGUUUGAUAUAAUGUAAUUCCAGAUCUUCACUUUUCUGGCCUCUUUGCCAUUUUCUGUACACCACUUGCUACCUUAAUUUGCCUAUUUUGUUCAAAGUCUUUGUCAUAAAUAAAGCUGCAGCAGGAUUCCAUGCCAGAGAAGCUCCUGCCUGCCCUGUGCUGUGCUAUAAGUUGCACUCUGCAUGGGCCAAUUGGGGAAAGAGACUUACUGGGCUUGCCCAAUGCCUAGUAUUGUAAUACUACGAGCUAACCUUGUGCAGCAAAUGGGAGAGCAAGUAGGAAGUAUGCACACUUGCUGUUGUGUGCUUCCGCAUGAUAGAUUGCAUCACACAGGAAGAUACCUGAUAUCACAUUUCUUAGUGUGAAAACUGACCACAUCGCACUAAUGUAGGCCAUGCCCUAUUUUAUGUUAAUUUUUUUAUUUAACUUUUAUUUAAUUAGGCAAGUUAGUUAAGAACAAAUUCUUAUUUACAAUGACGGCCUACCAAAUGGCAAAAGGCCUCCUGCGGGGACGGGGGCUGAGAUUAAAAAUAAAAAUAUAGGACAAAACACACAUCACGAAAAGAGAGACACCACAACACUACAUAAAGAGAGACAACACAACACUACAUAAAGAGAGACACCACAACACUACAUAAAGAGACACCACAACACUACAUAAAGAGAGACUACACUACAUAAAGAGAGACAACACAACACUACAUAAAGAGAGACACCACAACACUACGUACUCCUGAGUGGCGCAGUGGUCUAAGGCACUGCAUCGCAGUGCUAACUGUGCCACUAGAGAUCCUGGUUCGAAUCCAGGCUCUGUCGCAGCCGGCCGCGACCGGGAGACUCAUGGGCGGCGCACAAUUGGCCCAGCGUCGUCCAGGGUAGGGGAGGGAAUGGCCGGCAGGGAUGUAGCUCAGUUGAUAGAGCAUGGCGUUUGCAACGUCAGGGUUGUGGGUUCGAUUCCCACGGGGGGCCAGUAUAAAGAAAAAGAUAUGUAUUCACUAACUGUAAGUCGCUCUGGAUAAGAGCGUCUGCUAAAUGACUAAAAUGUAAAUGUAAAAAAUGUAAAGAGAGACUUAAGACGACAACAUAGCAUGGCAGCAACACAUGACAACAUAGCAUGGUAGCAACACGACAUGACAACAACAUGGUAGCAGCACAAAACAUGGUACAAACAUUAUUGGGCACAGACAACAGCUCAAAGGCAAGAAGGUAAAGACAACAAUACAUCACGAGAAGCAGCCACAAAUUUCAGUAAGAGUGUCCAUGAUUGAGUCUAUUUCAUUUGUGUUUUGGUCAGGUUUCUGGGCAGGAUAACCAACACAGUUGUACAAGCAAAAGUAUUAGCUUUGAUCUAUCUGGUCAGCUUUUUCCCUUUUAGGGACUGUUUGCUAUGAUGCCUUUCAGCCAUUUUGCCUGUAUUUUUACCCUGCUGUUUCAUCAUGUAGACUACAUUGCAAAGAGAUAGAAGGUACAUUCUUUGAGAUUGUAAACGUAGCUUUGAACAUUGAAGCGUUCAGAAAUGACACUUGGCUACACUGCAAAUCUCUGUGGCUUAGAGGCAGCCUUGGUCACCAUCCUGCACACAGCCCAGAAUGUCUGCAGACUGCAGCUCAGGCCAAACUAGGUUUUCCUCUGAGUUGAAGUGAGGCCUUAUCUGUGAUCUGCUGCUGCAGAGGGUUUCUAAUCCCCCAGGAGAAAGGGUAAGACUGCAGGCCAGGCAGACACAGAACCGUGACUACAGCCAGAGAUACUCCCGGCAUGUGACACCAUUCAUACAACUUUUAUUUUUCUAACAACUGAAUUGUAAUGGCUGCAUAGCUGGAAUUCUUGAGGUGAAAGUGAACACACUUCUUACUAAGUCUAGACCUCUAUGUACUUGCUAUUAUGCUGACAUGUAAUAAUGUAGGCUAAGAUAGGCGGGUCGUUCCACGAAUAGAGUACAUUUUGGGUAGUGUAACUUGGUAAAAUAAAAAUAUAAAACAUUCUGUCAUAAAGAGCACACUUCAUAAACAUGUUUUCUCAUCUCAAGCGGUAAAAAAAAGACUAUUACAUGCCAAUAAUGUGCCAUUAAAGUAACAGGGUUGAGGUUUUAAUCUUAAAUUAGCCAUAAAUCCACUUGUGAUAUGGGGAAUGGAAGCUUGUUGUGUGCAACAGGGAAGGGCAAUUAAAUGCAAGCUUCACAAAAAAAUUGAAAAUUGUUUAAACAUUUCUAGCCUAUCUGUGAGUAACAGGGUUAAUGUGUUCUGCUCCACAUGAUCAGUUUUCCACCACAAAACACCAGAGAAUUUACAACGGAGUAGAACCAGCCCACCUACUUUUACACUAUGAUUUGACUAUUAUAUUUUCAAUGUUUCAACAAAAAAAAAAAAAAUAUGUCUUAAAUAAAACAUGCGUUCAGUUGAUGUAACAGAAUUGACCUUAGAAUGAUGGACAGAAGUAAAUUAAUCACUAUUCAUAUUAAAUAAAUAAUACUCUUCAGAAAUGACUAUCAAAGCAAGAACAUAACUAGGGCUUUACAAUGAUGGUGAAAACUUGAAAAAAUGUUGGGGUUAAGUGAGUAAAAGUCUACCCAGGAAAGUCGGAAAAACAUGACAAGGGACAUGUCAAAAUGCAGAUUUCUUUGCACUUCAAGUCUUUAUUCAUAUAAAAAAUCUUAUUUAUAGUGUUUUCAAUGUGGCCUAUAUUAAAGGGCACUUCAUUUAAUGUAAUAGGCUGUCUUCCAUAGUAAGUAAAGGAACAUAACGUUAGGUUAGAUUUGGAUGUUUUGCCCUCAUAGUUCCCCCUGGUCUUUGACUUCUCCCUCACUAGAACUCUACUUCCCUACACACGUGUUGCACUGGGAUUGAUGACAUAACAUCAGCACCCUUGUCAUUCUGAGACAACACUCAGGUUGCACUGUUGAAAAGAAAGCAGACUCCUACAACCCCCCCCCCCCCCCCGACCAGCCUUCAAUCCUCCGCUGUAACCAUACAGCUGAACACAGCCUGGCUAUAAAUAGCCUCUUGCUAGGUUUAGUUAAUGCUCAGCUACAUUUAGCACCCUUGUGGGUUUCUGCUGUGCGCAGCAAAGCUCCUAGGCCACAGAGUGGAUUUGAACAAAUGGCUUGGGAUGUUUUCAUGGUGGACAUCAUUUUGGCUGUUAGCCUACCCAUAAGCUGGAGUGUGUUACAAGCUGAUAGUCACUAGACUAGGGCUGACCCCAUUUAGUCGACUGGUCGAUUGUUUGGUCGAUAGGCUGUUGGGCGACCAAGAUUUGUUUUUAGUUGAGCAGUGGCAAAUAUAUACAAAUAAUUUAUGUCACACGAGACAAGUGUCUGAUUCACGCCUGUCUGAGUGGACUAAUCCACUGCGAAGGAUGACACACCAGUAGUACUUUACCGUUAAUUACCAUAACUUCUCAUCUACAAUGUUUGUUUGGCUGCAGUAAUUUCUGUUAAUUUAAUCUAUUCAAUAUAUUAUUAUUGUUAUUACAGUCUCACCGUUGUCAUUGUAGGAGUGGACACGUUGUUUGCAGAGCGCACAACUUAGUCUACACAAAGUUUUGUUUUAUUAUAUUUCAAUUUACGAGUUGUCAAUUUAUUAAUUGUCUUUUGGAGCGCGCCUGUCAGGUAGGACUAGGCUACCUGUAUUCCUAUAAAUGGGCCCAUUUGUGGAUCUGAUACUAUUUCUGAUUGUCUUAACUCACCAUCACUGUGGAGCUUCUCAAAUAAACGUUUUGUUCGCCUCAAACAGCAAGUAAACAAAAUGUGUUUUUACAUCCAUUGAGAAUGACAAUAGUUCCUCAAGUAGCCUAUUUGAAAAAUCUUUCCAGCUCUCGCUCUAUCGGUAACCACUCAACAUGAAAGGGGAAAAAAAAUGUCAUGCUCUGAUCUGGUGGAAACAUCAUAAAAUAGGCCUACCUAAUUACUUCUUAUCCCUUGCGCAAAUAGCCUACAGCUGUGUCUGUCUGUUCGGAGCUCAAUGGCGGGGGAAACUCUGAGGGUCCAGAAUAUUUUAUAGAAGUUUGCAAGCACGAGCUUUGGGCUGGACCAAGUUAAUAGUUGAUACAAUGUUUCAAGUUCCUUGCAGACAGGCCAUGCGUAGCCAAUGUGUUUUAUAGAAUAUUUACUUUCAUCAGGAUAUUUUCUACCUGCAGGCUGCAAUGUUUUUAUUUGUUGGCUUUAUGUAGGCUAUUUUUACAUAUUGGCAAUGGCAAUAGUUACUUUUAGAUUCAUAUCAUUUUCAUUUUGAUAGAAUGUUGAUUAACCACAUGACAUUGAUUUUGAGAUAUGAAGACUUUAUUAUAAAUUAAAUGAAACUGUUACACAAAUGUGCAUAUGAAAAUCAUAACUGGCACGUAACGUAGAAAUAGUAGGAUAACUUGGCACUCCAAAUGGAAAAGGUUGCCGACCGCUGGUGUAGCCUAUUACCGGCAACUUCAGGAGCCUAAUGGCAGAAUCUGCGAAGGCCAGCAGCAGCGGGCAGGGGUAGGAGGAGAACAGUUUUUUUUUCCCUUUCUUUUUUUCUGGUUAGGCUAUAUUGAUCUCUGUCUCGCUCUUUAGUAAUUUGUGUGUCUUCAUUUUUAAUCGCAGCGCUUAAAGCAUCCAGAACAACGCAUGUCAAAAAUGUUAUAAAUUGAUUUGCAUUUUAAUUAGGGAAAUAAGUAUUUGACACCCUCUCAAUCAGAAAGAUUUCUGGCUCCCAGGUGUCUUUUAUACAGGUAACGAGCUGAGAUUCGGAGCACACUCUUAAAGGGAGUGCUCCUAAUCUCAGUUUGUUACCUGUAUAAAAGACACCUGUCCACAGAAGCAAUCAAUCAAUCAGAUUCCAAACUCUCCACCAUGGCCAAGACCAAAGAGCUCUCCAAGGAUGUCAGGGACAAGAUUGUAGACCUACACAAGGCUGGAAUGGGCUACAAGACCAUCGCCAAGCAGCUUGGUGACAACAAUUGGUGCGAUUAUUCCAAAUGGAAGAAACACAAAAUAACUGUCAAUCUCCCUGGGCCUGGGGCUCCAUGCAAGAUCUAACCUCGUGGAGUUGCAAUGAUCAUGAGAACGGUGAGGAAUCAGCCCAAAACUACACGGGAGGAUCUUGUCAAUGAUCUCAAGGCAGCUGGGACCAUAGUCACCAAGAAAACAAUUGAUAACACACUACGCCGUGAAGGACUGAAAUCCUGCUGCGCCCGCAAGGUCCCCCUGCUCAAGAAAGCACAUAUACAGGCCCGUCUGAAGUUUGCCAAUGAACAUCUGAAUGAUUCAGAGGACAACUGGAUGAAAGUGUUGUGGUCAGAUGAGACCAAAAUCGAGCUCUUUGGCAUCAACUCAACUCGCCGUGUUUGGAGGAGGAGGAAUGCUGCCUAUGACCCCAAGAACACCAUCCCCACCGUCAAACAUGGAGGUGGAAACAUUAUGCUUUGGGGGUGUUUUUCUGCUAAGGGGACAGGACAACUUCACUGCAUCAAAGGGACGAUGGACGGGGCCAUGUACCGUCAAAUCUUGGGUGAGAACCUCCUUCCCUCAGCCAGGGCAUUGAAAAUGGGUCGUGGGUGGGUAUUCCAGCAUGACAAUGACCCAAAACACACGGCCAAGGCAAGAAAGGAGUGGCUCAAGAAGAAGCACAUUAAGGUCCUGGAGUGGUCUAGCCUGUCUCCAGACCUUAAUUCCAUAGAAAAUCUGUGGAGGGAGCUGAAGGUUUGAGUCGCCAAACGUCAGGCUCAAAACCUUAAUGACUUGGAGAAGAUCUGCAAAGAGGAGUGGGACAAAACCCUCCUGAGAUGUGUGCAAACCUGGUGGCCAACUACAAGAAACGUCUGACCUCUGUGAUUACCAACAAGGGUUUUGCCACCAAGUACUAAGUCAUGUUUUGCAGAGGGGUCAAAUACUUUUUUCCCUCAUUUAAAAUGCAAAUCAAUUCAUAACAUUUUUUGACAUGUGUUUUUUCUGGAUUUUUGUUGUUGUUAUUCUGUCUCUCACUGUUCAAAUAUACCUACCAUAAAAAUUAUAGACUGAUCAUGUCUUUGUCAGUAGGCAAAUGUACAAUAUCAGCAGGGGAUCAAAUACUUUUUUCCCUCACUGUAUAGUUACAAGCAGUGGCGCAUAGCUUUAGAGACGCCCCAAACUAUUGAAAAUUAUACCGUCAGUAUUUCAAAAUACCCCGGUAUACGAAAUACAUAUCAGGGUUCUUCAAUUCCGGUCCUGGAGGGGCCGAAACGCUUCUGUUUUUUAUUUCUACCUGGUAGUUAAUUCCACUCACCUGGUGUCCCAGGUCUGAAUUAGCCCCUGAUUAGAAGGAGAGGAUGAAAAACAGAGGUGUCUCGGCCCUCCAGGACCGGAAUUGAAGAACCCUGAUAUAUACGAUUUACCACCAAAGCCUAAUAUGAUGGAAACAAUAUAAUCUGUUCAGGUAUUGUUGAGAGCCCUGUACAACUGCUGGCACUUCAUACUUCAAUGUGAGCUCUGAACUUUUCGUUUCUCCCUCAGAACUCUGUCGCAUCGACGAGCCUCGGUGCCACGAUGAGAAUACCAUCCUCAGCUUCGAGGCGAUCCGCAGUAUCCACAAGCAGAUGGAUGACGAUGCUAAUGGCAAUGUGGACGUGUCAGAGACUGACGGGGUGAGUAGAACCACCAGGUUCCCUAUACACUGUGGGCGUGUCAGAGAAGGACUGGGUGAUUAGUACCACCAGGUACCCUACUUCAUUACAUUUCAAUAGCAUUUGAUAGAUUACAGGUGUUUUCAUAGUGGAUGUAGCUACUGUACUGCAUGGCACCAGUCAGACCUGUCUAUGUGAGUCACAGAAAAGUGGCCUGAAGGUAUCAGUACUCUCAUCCCCUGUCAUCCACCAGCAGGGAUUCCUUCCCAAGAUGGCCACAGAUAAUGAGAUUAGUUAAUGGCUGCUCGGUACUGGCUUUUACUUUGCUAUUGAAGUAACUUAUUUUUAUUUUUUUUACAUAAUCUUAUGACAGAAAAUAGCUUCUGGAUAUCAGAACAGCGAUUACUCACCUCGAACUAGACAAAUAUGUUUUAUUUAAAGAGUCGGACAAGGAUUUACUGCUGAUACCGGACCAGUGCCAAAACCCCGUCAUUCACAUGAAGAAGAGACGCUGAUACCGGACCAGUGCCAAAUCCCCGUCAUUCACAUGAAGAAGAGACGCUGAUACAGUGGACUCAGGUCCGCUAAUGAGAAUUAAUCGGCGAGUGAGGAGUAACCCACAUCUACCAUCCGUCCUAUUGGCCAACGUGCAAUCAUUGGAGAAUAAACUGGAUGAGCUACGUUCAAGACUAUCCUACCAACGGGACAUUUAAAACUGUAAUAUCUUAUGUUUCACAGUCAUGUCUGAACGACGACAUGGAUAAUAUACAGUUGGCUGGGUUUUCCGUGCAUCGGCAAGACGGAACAGCUACCUCCGGUAAGACAAGGGGUGGUGGUCUGUGUCUAUUUGUCAAUAACAGCUGGUGCGCGAAAUCUAAUAUUAAGGAAGUCUCUAGGUUUUGCUCGCCUGAGGUAGAGUAUGUCAUGUUAAGCUGUAGACCACACUAUUUACCAAGAGAGUUCAUCUAUUUUUCAUAGCUGUGUAUUUACCACCACAAACUGAUGCUGGAACUAAGACCGCACUCAACGAGCUGUAUAAGGCCAUAAGCAAACAAGAAAAUGCUCAUCCAAAGGCGGCGCUCCUAGUGGCUGGGGACUUUAAUGCAGGGAUACCUAAAUCUGUUUUACCUCAUUUCUACCAACAUGUCACAUGUGCAACCAGUGGGGAAAAAAACUCUAGACCACCUUUACCCACACACAGAGACACGUACAAAGCCCUCCAUUUGGCAAAUCUGACCAUAAUUCUAUCCUCCUGAUUCCUGCUUACAAGCAAAAACUAAAGCAGGAAGUACCAGUGAGUCGCUCAAUACGGAAGUGGUCAGAUGACGCAGAUGCUAAACUACAGGACUGUUUUGCUAGCACAGACUGGAAUAUAAUUAUUAUAUAUAUUUUUUGAAUGAAUAUGAUCCGGGAUUCAUCCGAUGGCAUCAGGAGUAUCCCACAUCAGUCACCAGCUUCAUCAAUAAGUACAUCGACGACGUCGUCCCCACAGUGACCGUACGUACAUACCCCAACCAGAAGCCAUGGAUUACAGGCAACAUCCGCACUGAGCUAAAGAGUAGAGCUGCAGCUUUCAAGGAGCAGGACUCUAACCCGGACUCCUAUAAGAAAUCCCACUAUGCCCUCCGAACCAUCAAACAGGCAAAGCGUCAAUACAGGACUAAGAUUGAAUCCUACUACACCAUCUCUGACACUCGUUGGAUGUGGCAGAGCUUGCAAACUAUUACGGACUACAAAGGGAAGCCCAUCCGCGAGCUGCCCAGUGACACAAGCCUACCAGAUGAGCUAAAUGACUUCAAUGCGCGCUUCGAGGCAAGCAACACUGAAGCAUGCAUGUGAGCACCAGCUGUUCCUGACGACUGUGUGGGAGAGGAGAGGCCUGUAGGGCAGCCAUGACCUGGCUGGGAGAGGAGAGGCCUGUAGGGCAGCCACGACCUGGCUGGGAGAGGAGAGGCCUGUAGGGCAGCCAUGAACAGGCUGGGAGAGGAGAGGCCUGUAGGGCAGCCACGACCUGGCUGGGAGAGGAGAGGCCUGCCUUGUAGCCUCUUGCCCCACCUCAGGAGGCUUUGGUCUGGGCUAGAGCUCUCUUCCUCUGCAACUUCUGCUGCAGGGGCUGAGCAGAUUUUAGAGAAGGAGGCACUGGCUCUGCAGACAUCCCUGAAGCAGCCAGCCUGUGAAUUAAGCACAUAUCUCUGGUGUCAGUCCUGGCUCAGAGCCAACACUGAGAAAGGCUGAACAAGACAUGUAGAGCGCUUUGACCAAACCAGCUCUAAUGCCUGGGCACUUCCUAGAGAAAUAAUAGGUUUUUAUGAUCAUGUUUCAUUCUUUUUCUGUAUUUUUUUAUGAUCCCCAUUAGCUGUUCUUCCUGGGUUCUUCCUGGGGUCCCCAUCAGCUACUCUUCAUGUGUCCCACACAAAACAUGAAACAUGACAAUACAGAACAUUAAUAGACAAGAACAGCUCAAGGACAGAACUACAUACAUUUAAAACAAGCUAAGAUGGUUGAAACAGCAUGUUGCAACUAAAAAACACAUGCUGAACACACCGGACCAAGAUUUUUUUUAAACAUCAGCUAUUUGGCUACAUUGUCAAAGAAAGGGUUAGAUUUCUUGUCUGAUUGAUUUUGAGUGUCCGCCUUAUAGUGAAAACCUCCCACACUAAGCUCUGAAGAAGGAAAAUCAGCAUUAUAACUUGUCCUGAGCCCAUGUUCUUUGUGGGGGCGUGUCGUACAGCAGCCAAGCUUCUUCCUCCCAGUGAUAACAGCAUGGGGGCUGGCUAGAGAUGGAUGAAACAUAAUGUCAGCUAAGCACUGUCACUGCGCUGCUAUGUUGUUGCUCAAGAGAACUGGAGACACUUAAUGUGUCCGAUAUUACUUACAGUAGGCUCAUUAGAUUGAAAGAUUGAGUGUUUUAGAGUAGAAAGGGGAACACCUGAUUUCCUGUUUGUGUUCCUCAUCAUCAAAUGAUGAUCUAUUGUACCCUGCUUUUAGCAAUAUAGUUAUAGGUUUGUACUUUCCAUCACAGGUUCUCAGGCCAAUAAAGCUUCAGUGUAAAAUAUGACACAUGCAAAUGCUCAAACGUAUAGAUCUUCAUUGACAUUCACUUGGUAAGACGAUGUCUAGGUCUUAAUUGUCAUUCUGUCGUAAAAGGCCAAGUGUUUUCUAGCCCCUUCUCAGAGUGUGAGGUGUGAGUAAAGCACAGUGUUCCUGGCUGUUCCUUUAGUGCUAGUAUCCUCUCUACUGGUUGUCAUGCACACUGUAAUACUGUGACAAGGCUGGGUGCACACAGUGAAGCGAGCCCAGUCUGCAGCAGAAAGCUUAUCUGUCUGACUGCAGGCAGGGGAAGGCUCAGGGCAUGCUUUUUUGUUGGUUAUUCUCUGAGCACGCCGUACAGAGAUCUUUUUAUCCUUCCCUGGUAUAUCUGACACUGUGCAGUCUCCGAAACUGUUUGAUUCCUCUGACAUCAUCUAUAAUGCUUUUGGCUGAUUUUGAUUGACACCUCCCCUGUUCUCUCUUCCCUUCUGUCUCCCCCCAUGUGACCCCGGCGACCUCCAGUUCCUGAGGGAGGACCUGAACUACCACGAUCCCAAAGCCAAGCACAACAGUUUCCACGGAGACGACCAGUUCAUCAGUGUGGAAGACCUGUGGAACACCUGGAAGGGUUCUGAAGGUGCUGGAACUACACUGUAGUGUUACUGGAGCCUCCCACUCUGUCUCUGUUCUCUACAGGCUAGCAGUACAAACAAGCCUGCCCUCCAGGCACGCUGCUGCACUCAGUACAUCCGUUUGCAUAAAAGAGAGUCUCAGACGAUGAAUCUCAUUCAGUACACUGUGUUCUGUGAUCUCAUCUGAGAGCGCUGCUCUGUCGGUCCAGUCCUCCUCGUUUGAGGUCCCACUGCUGACUGACUCCAUGUUAGCUAUAUCAGAACCCUUCCCUGCUGUUCUGAGCCUUCCUGUGCUUUGUACUGUCUGUUUUAAAGUACUGCAUUGUUUUCACAUUUGUAUCAUCAGUAAUCAGAUUUAGAUUGAAAGCUUAGAUUUUCUGUCUGGUGACUGUGUAGGUAAGGGAGAGUUUUUGCUCAGCCUCUCUGCACUUAGGUUGCCCAUCCAGAGCAGUCAAACUUAUCAGCUGGUAUGUCAGCAUUGUCAAGUGAGGUGCAGACCAUUUAGCAGCUCAAGCAUCCUGGCAGAGGGUGAUCAGUGUACCUGUCAUCACAACACACACACACACAGAUAACAACCAUACACACUGACGUACCACCUAUGCCUCCCUCUCCUUGUCCUGCUGGCAUUCCACUCACUCUGUCACGUUAUCAUAUACCACUCAUGGCUUUUCACACCUACCUCUCCUCUUUUCUGGCCUCUUUGUCCCUCACCUCUCCUUCUCUCUUCAUCCCUGUCUCUCUCUUUCCACCCUCCCCUCUCCCUACCUCUCUCUUCUUUCACCCAUCUCUCCAAAUCUCUUUCACCCCCCCCCCCCUUUCCCUCUCUGGUUGUGUCUGAGUCUCUCUGCAUUGCAGCUUCCUGUCGGGGGGGGGGGGGGGGGCUCAGAGCAAGGAAACUGCAGAAGCACAAUAACCCAGCUAGCUAGGCAGCCUGAGCCCACACCACACCCCCCUGCUGCUGACUCCCUGCCAGUCCCAUCUCCCUUACUCUGGCUUUUAUUGAGAGAUGGCCAACGUGUGUAGCUACAUUUAAGUGUGUUAUGAUAGAGGAUACCUCUAAGGGAUUUUUGGAUACACUCGUCUCACGACGAUGCUCAUAAAUUAUAAAGCAGAGUCAGAUGUUCUCUCUCUCUGGUUGUGUGGGUCGGCGUUGGCUCAACGUUGGCAUACAGCCAGUGAUGGAGAUUACUGAGGCUCAUCUGAAACGGUCUUUAGAGCGAGAGUUGAGAAGCACGGAUGGUGUGGUAAUAUCAUGUUUGUGUAUUGCAGUGUACAACUGGACAGUGGACGAUGUGGUGAAGUGGCUCACCUAUGUGGAGCUGCCUCAGUAUGUGGACACCUUCCUCAAGAUGCACUUCAACGGCACUGUCAUGCCCAGGUAAGUUAACCCAUAGGGUCCUUCCUUCCUACCCUACUAUGCUCUCACUCUCUUCCCCAAUUUUCCUUUAACUGCACUGCAGAGUCUCAAUCUGUGUGUUUCCUCAGGCUGGCUGUGAAGAACGCCACUCUGACAGUGUCCAUUCUGAAGAUGCUGGAUCGCAGCCAUGUUCAGAAACUGCAGCUCAAGGCCCUGGACACUGUGCUGUUCGGAGCCCCACUCAGUAAGUGGAUUCUUUUUUAAAAAUAUUUUUUAUUCCAUUCCAUUACCUAUUAGUGUUAGUUAUCUUUCACCCAGACCGAUAAAGCAGGAUUUCUGUUGGAUACUGAAGCGACUGUUUGUGAGUAUAAUUAUAAGAGGAAGAACGGUGUCUGCUCUGUUUGUCUCUCCAAUGGGAGACAGUUGGUUAAAAAAAAAACUCAAAAAUGUGUUCAUUAGUCUCAAGCGGCAGCUUGGCAGUGCUGGAAAAUCUGUUCUAAGUACAGUGAAAUGCCUUUCUUGAAAGCUCUAAACCCAACAAUGCAGUAACCAAUAACAAUGUAAUACUAAAAAUAACAUAAGCUAGAACAGAAACAAACAAGAAAAAAAGACCAAUAAGGCCCUCCCCCUAUUUGUUUUAGUUGAAUCAUCUACGACUACCUGCAGUCAGGCUUCUUGCUGCAGCACAAAACACAGCGAAUCAGGAUGAUCCAUUUACAUUCUGCUACAAUGUCCGUUGAUAAAUAACAUAAUCCUGGUGAUACUCAUAAUAUUAAGGCCAGAAAACAGAAACCGCCAUGCUUACCCCUAAAGGAAGUGAAGCCCUCUUUAGGAAGGCUAUUCUGUGGUGCUCUGUGUGUGCCAUACCAAAAGCCAGCUUGUUACAGACUGAGCAGCGAGAGGGCAGCUGGAUUAAAGAGGAAGUGAGUUGAUGCUCAGGCUGAGCUACUCUGUAUUCUAGGCUCACACCUCUGGCGCACUGAGACAAAUCAACACACCACCUCUCUGACGCACUGAGACAAAUCAACACACCACCUCUCUGACGCACUGAGACAAAUCAACACACCACCUCUCUGGCGCACUGAGACAAAUCAACACACACCACCUCUGGCGCACUGAGACAAAUCAACACACCACCUCUCUGACGCACUGAGACAAAUCAACACACCACCUCUCUGACGCACUGAGACAAAUCAACACACCACCUCUCUGACGCACUGAGACAAAUCAACACACCACCUCUCUGACGCACUGAGACAAAUCAACACACCACCCUCUGCGCACUGAGACAAAUCAACACACCACCUCUCUGACGCACUGAGACAAAUCAACACACCACCUCUCUGACGCACUGAGACAAAUCAACACACCACCUCUCUGGCGCACUGAGACAAAUCAACACACCACACCUCUGGCGCACUGAGACAAAUCAACACACCACCUCUCUGACGCACUGAGACAAAUCAACACACCACCUCUCUGACGCACUGAGACAUUUGUUUUGCAAACUCUGCAAUCACAUGAGCGCUACAGAAACAUCGCUAACCAAACUACGGUCUCUUGCUUGUGCGCACGUACAUUAACAAGGUGCAUGUCCUAACCUGGCGCUAAGUCAUACCAGUUAUGGAGUUUUAAAAGGACCUGCACUGUGUGAAAGCCGUUAGACAUGAUAGAAAACAGAACAUGUCCGUUCUAGUUAUGUGGAGCAUGAUCAGUCGUUCCCACAGCAACCCUGGGCCUGGUUAAGCCGGAACAACCCAGCAGUAGGUUCCUGCUAUCUCACAGUGACAUAUUUCAGCCUGUUGCAUCAUACAUCUCUAGUCCCUGAUGAACCUGAUGGCUCACAUUCUGGAUUUAGGGGAAAGAGGCCGGUGGGGGUUAGGGGAAAAUGUGGGUUGUUCUAUAGGAAGGUUGCAGCAGGAUAAGGGAGAGUUAGUGGUCUGUGUCUGACAUGUAUCAUUGUGUGUGUUUAGUGAAGAGUCUCUGCUGGAGGAAGAGAGGGGAGGGGGGGUCGUCUGGACAUGACAGCCCCGGGCAGAAAGCCACAGGUCCUGCUGAUAGUCACACAGACUGCACAGCAGCAGCAUUUUAAGACACCUUUUCACAAUGGGCCCCAUCAGAAAUGGACACCUCUCCUUGUCUUGUCUUAAUGGCUGACACAUUUAUCAAAGUGGACCCAUUCCACAGCCCUGUUUACGACUUAUUACAUGCAACUGGACUGUUCACCUGAAGGAGAACAGAAAAAGACCGGUUUGAGCCAAGUCAUUCCUAGUCUAAUGGUCAGUUAGACAUGUCACUUUGGACUUUCUAGCCAACUUUCCUGCUAAUCAGCCAUGUGUUUUCAGAGAAAGAAAAAGCUAAUGGAACGUGUUAGCUAGAGGAAAAGAUCUAUGGGUAACUUCCAAAAUAAAGGAAACGCCAACAUAAAGUGUCUUAAUAGGGCGUUGGGCCACCACGAGCUGCCAGAACAGCUUCAAUGCGCCUUGGCAUAGAUUCUACAAGUGUCUGGAACUCUAUUGGAGGGAUCCGACACCAUUCUUCCACGAGAAAUUCCAUGGUUUGGUGUUUUGUUGAUGGUGGUGGAAAACGCUGUCUCAGGCGCUGCUCCAGAGUCCCCAUAAGUAUUCAACUGGGUUGAGAUCUGGUGACUGAGACACACGCACACACACACACACACACACACACACACACACUUUAAUGAGACCGGUUUUUCAAAGUCACUGAGAUCUGUGGCCCCGUGUAUCUCAGGUGGAAGAGCAUGGCGCUUGCAACGCCAGGGUUGUGGGUUCGUUUCCCACGGGGGGCCAGUAUGAAAAUGUAUGCACUCACUUAACUGUAAGUCGCUCUGGAUAAGAGCGUCUGCUAAAUGUCUAAAAUGUAAAAUGUAAAUCUCUUCUAGCCAUGGUAGCCAAAAUACUGGGCAUUUUUAUUCAGCACCUGCUUUCAAUAUACUUUGUAUCCCUCAUGUACUGAGGGGUUUCCUUUAUUCUGUCAGUUAUCUGUUUUAUUCUGGCAUUUACAUGUACAUGUUUGUGUGUGUUGAACUGGUUGUAUUCAACCACCAGUAAUUCAACUAUAGCAACAGGAGAUUUAAAUGAUUUAGAUGUGGAGGAUGACCUUAGGGAUCAGAUAUUUCUCUGCAGUGUCUGGUCUUCCACGGAUGAAGAGUGAGAUUCUAAUGCUGCAGAACAAGACCAAUUGAGAGCGAAGACACUGAAAUUAAAUAUCAUGACAAUGCGAGAGUGAGUUGUUUUCAUGCGGGAGGGAACGGAUGAUUGGCCUGAUUUGUAUAUUGGAUAAUAAUAAUAUUAUAAACCCUGUUAUCUCUCCUCUGUGUUGGACAUAAGACUUUAAAAUCAACAGGAAAUCAGCGCAGUGAUUUUAAUUUAGGAAAAUCUGUUCCCAUGCAUAAAUAGAGGCAUAUGUGAUCAUAUCCCAAUGUAAUCAAGGUUUGAAAUUGUUCCGUUUUUAUCAAAUGCUAUAUCUGUUUGGGAUUCCUGCGGUCAAUUUGCAAUGUACAAAUUAUUUAUAACUAUGUUCCGGCCCCCCUGACCAUCUGCUCAAGGAAAAAUCGUCCCAUGGCUGAGUGUAAUUGGGGACCCCAUGCCCUAGAGCUUUAUAGCCAAGCUAGUUCCCCCUCGUAUGGUUUACCUUGUUGCUUGUAACACUGGUCUGACACCAGUCUAGUCGUAAAUGUUCAUCACUGUCCGACCAAGUUCCACUGCCAAUGGCCAACUGUGUUUGUAGCAAGGCUACAGGAACCCACACACAGAGCUCUUGACUGAUCUAAUGAGGAGCACAUUACUCUACGUCAGUACCCUAUGUCGGUGACAUGAAAUGGAGCCUUGUGUCAGCGGGGAGGUUGUUUUUCUGUGAGGUGGAGGGAGGUCUUUGUUCAAUGUCAAUAGCAGCCAGCCCAGAGAUGCCAGGCUCAGGCUUUCGCUGACACUCCACUUCCUCUUUUGUUUGACUCCAGGACAUAAGUGCUGUGUUUGCUAAGAGGUUAAUGCUACGUGUUAGCUCAGAUCUUAUCCCUUUCCAGGCCCUACGGCGGCUCGCCUUCACAGCUUUAUGAGAAAAGGCUUUGUAGUCCUCUGUCUCUCUGUGCUUUAAGGAUGAUGGAUGGAUCACGUCUAAGACCUUUUGGCUGAUUUUCCAUGAGGGUUAGUUGCUGUCUGCCUGGCUGGCGUGCUGGUAGUGACUGUGAGGAAUGGGACUGUUCUGCAUCCCUUAGGAUGGCAACAUUAUGACAUUAGGACAUUCACACCUCUCCUCUACUCGGGCCGAACCGUUCGCCCCCAGAGGACAGGAAGGGCAAGGCCGAGGCUGUCGGGGCCGGGGGUUUGAUUCGUCGCCUCUCAUGUAAAUGUAAACUACCAUGUCCCUGUGUUUUCUACGUGUCAUUCAUCAGCAUCUGUUAGCAGUGUGUUAAUAGUGUGUUAAUCUGCCUUUACCUUGGCCUUUUAGCCUGGUGCCUCCUCAACCCAACUCAACUACUACCGCACAUCUCUCUUGGAGAGACCUCGCCACAGUACCAUGACUUGAGUUCAUUCAGUUUCACACGCUUUCACAUCAUUAGUUCACCACCAAUGAGUUUUGCUGGAUGAAGGGACAAUCCAAAAACAAUGUGUACUAUUCUUUAAAGGGAUACUUCAGGAUUUUGGCAAUUAAUCCCUGUAUCUACUUCCCCAGAGUCAGAUGAACUCAUGUAUACCAUUUAUGUCUCUGCAUCCAGUAUGAAGGAAGUUAGAGAGUUUGCGAGCCAAUGCUAAGUAACGUCAGUGCAAUGACUGGAAGUCUAUGGUAUCUGCUAGCAUGACUGGAAGUCUAUGGUAUCUGCUAGCAUUACCAUAAACUUCCAAUCAUUGCGCUCACGCUAGGGGAAGUAGAUAAAGGGCUUCAUUGCCAAAAUCCUGAAGUAUCCCUUUAACCUAACACUUUUCUCUCUCCCCAGUGAACACACAUAACCACCUGAAGGACUUCAUGCUGGUGGUGUCCAUAGUGAUCGGCAUUGGAGGCUGCUGGUUCGCCUACAUCCAGAACCGUUACUCCAAGGACCACAUGAAGAAGAUGAUGACCGACCUGGAUGGCCUACAGAGGGCUGAACAGAGCCUGCAUGAUCUACAGAAGAAGUGAGUCUUUCCCUUCAGCCGCUGUACCACGAGGAAGCAGGCCCAUGUAAGCCCAUAGAAGUAGUGACUGAAUGAUGUCAUUCUAGAAUUAUAAUGGAGCCUCAUUAUCCACUGGUGUUUCAUAGUAUCAGCCGGUUCCAUGUGAUGUUGUUGGUACUAACUCCAGGUUCCCUGUGAUGUUGUUGGUACUAACUCCAGGUUCCCUGUGAUGUUGUUGGUACUAACUCCAGGUUCCCUGUGAUGUUGUUGGUACUAACUCCAGGUUCCCUGUGAUGUUGUUGGUACUAACUCCAGGUUCCAUGUGAUGUUGUUGGUACUAACUCCAGGUUCCCUGUGAUGUUGUUGGUACUAACUCCAGGUUCCAUGUGAUGUUGUUGGUACUAACUCCAGGUUCCCUGUGAUGUUGUUGGUACUAACUCCAGGUUCCAUGUGAUGUUGUUGGUACUAACUCCAGGUUCCCUGUGAUGUUGUUGGUACUAACUCCAGGUUCCCUGUGAUGUUGUUGGUACUAACUCCAGGUUCCCUGUGAUGUUGUUGGUACUAACUCCAGGUUCCCUGUGAUGUUGUUGGUACUAACUCCAGGUUCCCUGUGGUGUUGUUGGUACUAACUCCAGGUUCCCUGUGAUGUUGUUGGUACUAACUCCAGGUUCCAUGUGAUGUUGUUGGUACUAACUCCAGGUUUUCUAUUAGGCAUGCUUCAUUAACAGGUGAAUCAUCUUCUGCUUGACGUCGUGGUGGCUUGAUGUCGUGAUGAGAAUUUGGGGACAGUCAGUGUUCAUUUAGUCAGGGAUUGGCAGCUUAAACACUGUUUUCAGGUGUGUCAUGUUGAGGCCACUCCAUGAUGAAACAGGAAGUGAAGGUUUAACUGGUCUGAGGCCAUCAGUUGAGUUUCACAUUCAGAGCUCAUUCUAGAGAUUGCUGCAGUCAUUACGCAAGAGGACAAAAAAUCCCGUCCGCACAGAGUGGAAGUGAUCUUUAUGGAAUAGCAAUGAAGUUUAUCUGAAGUAAAUCUCACAGCUGAUCACAAGACUUAGGAUCAACUGUCAAUGGAAUUUUUUUAAUGAUUAUUCCGCAAACACCUUUUGAAAUCUGAGCUAGCAUUUAGCCCUUUCUCAGCCUCUGUCCUGGUCCUGUCACUACAGUAUCACGUCUGUCUCCCACUAGUAUUAUAGUACCCCGCACAGCUGCUUUGGUGGGGUGUGCGUGGGUGUGUGUUUGUGUGUCGUGACAGGGGAGCAGGAAGUAUGUCUCGCAGCACGGUGUAAUGAGCCUGUUGAAUAUAGACCAACAUGGCAUGGGGACAAGUCAGGAGGGUAAACCCCCCCCCCCCUGGCAGGAGGUACAAACUCCCCCACCCCCCCCGAUACCGGGGCUGUUUCCGAUGCUGUGCUGAGAGGAGAGCGUUACCGGGGCUGUUUCCUCUGCUGUGCUGAGAGGAGAGCGUUACCGGGGCUGUUUCCUCUGCUGUGCUGAGAGGAGAGCGUUACCGGGGCUGUUUCCUCUGCUGUGCUGAGAGGAGAGCGUUACCGGGGCUGUUUCCUCUGCUGUGCUGAGAGGAGAGCGUUACCGGGGCUGUUUCCUCUGCUGUGCUGAGAGGAGAGCGUUACCGGGGCUGUUUCCUCUGCUGUGCUGAGAGGAGAGCGUUACCGGGGCUGUUUCCUCUGCUGUGCUGAGAGGAGAGCGUUACCGGGGCUGUUUCCUCUGCUGUGCUGAGAGGAGAGCGUUACCGGGGCUGUUUCCUCUGCUGUGCUGAGAGGAGAGCGGCCUUGGAACAGAGUCAUGUUAUGCCUCUAUUGACGUCCCUCUCUCCCCAGACAGAAACUUUGUGUAUCAUAUUCUGUCAGUUGGGUACAGGGGUUAGUAAUGCCCUCCCUGUUCAUUCACUGUGAUAGUAAAACAUCUCCGCCGUUCCUCAUGCACAAUCUCACCCCCUGCUGCUGUGGGACAUUCAGAUGAGGCUGGGGAUAUACAACUACUCUGCCGCAACUCUCUGAAACACCUAGUGACACUAAAGCAGAAUAAUGUGAGGUGCCUAUUGAUUAUUUUGUAGAGGCAUUGCAACAUCUCAUGCGUACUAGCUAAUGUGCAUGCAGUUUUGUAUUGUUGCUGUUUUGUGGUUUGUUUACCUAUGGGGUUAUAGACCUUCGUCUACAGUUGUUAUACCAGAGCACGGACAUGACAUUGAGAUGCCUGCUACCCUCCUGUUAAACACUUGUUACUGUAACAGUGAAUGGGAGCGGACAGACUGACUGUGGGAGUGGUGGGACAGGCCAGCAUGUCUCCUAUGUGAUCCCUGUAAUGGAGGCAGGGGAAGAGAACAUGCAAGACAGGGCGACUCAAUGUGACUGGGUGGACAGGCUGGCGUGUCUCCUGUGCUUUCCCGGGAGCUGAAGGGGAGAGGGGUCAUGUCCUCUCUUUAGCUGUGCCUUCUUCCUAACUCCCUGCUGCUGUCUGACCAGACCUUCAAGGCAGAUCCUGUGGCCAGAUCAAGUGGUCUGGCCCGAGCCUCAGCCUUCCGUUUUUAACUGCUGGUGGACAGAGGUAGGGAGGGAGGGGGCUCUCCCAGGAGCUGUAGGCCUAUUUCACCCUGUGUUUACUCUGGGUGCCUUUAGCAACACCAGCUGGUGGACAGAGGUAGGGAGGGAGGGGGCUCUCCCAGGAGCUGUAGGCCUAUUUCACCCUGUGUUUACUCUGGGUGCCUUUAGCAACACCAGCUGGUGCCAGGCAUGACCUCUUUACACCUCACCUCCACUGCUUGCUCACUCCCAUGUGGAUGGAGGUGUGGUGUGGUGGGUGUGCUGUAUGCAGGACAAGACAGGUCUCUACUAAACAGGAUCAAUAGAUGCCUUGGUUGAUGGAUAUGGCGUUCAUACAGCAUACACCUGGAUGGGUAUAUAAGUGCAUCAUCCACAUUCUGCUACUGCUCCUAUUCCAGUUGCUCAUCAAUUAAUAAUGAUUUUAAAACUAGUCUCACUCGUAGGAAUGCUAUUCAUGCAAAUCUAUACCAGCCCAGUCAGCCUGGAGGUGCUGAGCUGGUGCUACAAAUAGGCUUUGAUGUUGUUCGCUUGUACAGUAGACAAGUCCUUUGUUUGGACCCUGCAGUGCAGUGGGGCUGAGCAUAUGCAUUGGGCUUCUCUCAGUGGAGUGUUAUACAGUGUUGUGUGUGUGUGUGUGUGUGUGUGUGUGCCUGCCCUGCUGUUGUUGUUGCUGGAGCCGUAGCUAGUGAAUGGUAGAGGUCAGGGUUGACCGCAUUAGUGGGAGGGCUCACUGCCCACAUUUUCCAUCCCCAGCCCCCCGUAUCACCUUUCACUGGGCUUCUGACUGUUGACUGGCUACCCAUCCACAUCGCUCCGGACAACUGACGUUCCUUGCAAACACAUUCUGACCGUUCUGAUUGGUCUCAGGAACCGAUGGGUUUGGGCCAGAGCCGACCUACGUGAUGACGUUGUCAACUUCUAUUCUCUGACUGGUUGGAUUUGUUAGAGACGAUCCAUUCGCUGAUUAAUUUGUUUUGUACAUUUUGAAAUGAAGUCACAAACAACUUAUAGGAUGGCAGAUUCAGACCGAAUGUAUGUAGCGAUCAAUAGAGCAGCGGAAUUAAAUUCAGGGUGAUUCUUCAGGCUACACUUGACUGCAGCUCUCUGGCUCCUCCUCUACCUCUGGUGGUGUAAAACAGCAUUACACCUCCUGUCCCCUUUCUCAACCUCAACUCGGCCCUGUAAAACCUGUUCUCAGACUUACUGAUUGAUGUUGUAACUCAUACGGAUACUCCAUGGAUUCAGGUUCAUUUUUUUAUUUAACCUUUAUUUAACUAGGCAAGUCAGUUAAGAACAAAUUCUUAUUUACAAUGACGGCCUACAAAAAGGCAAAAGGCAUCCUGCGGUGAUGGGGACUGGGAUUUUAAAAAAAUAAUAUACAUAAAUAUAGGACCAAACACACAUCACAACAAGAUAGAGAUCACAACACUACAUAAAGAGACCUAAGACAGCAUGGUGUGAUCUCUUUAAAACAUAGCAGCCUAGGCUAUAUAGAAGCUAAAGCAGUCUCCCUGUGGAUGACAUGAAUAUCUACAGUCCUAUUUCUCCUAGUGUGCCCUCUGUGUGUUUGAUCUGUGGUCUUGUGACAGACCUCACAGGAUAGCGUGACGUGACGCAGUGCUAGGCCAGCAUGACACAACCAGCCAUCCCAAAAAUGGGCUCCUUGUGGGUCUUUAUAUAGUCAUGUCUAAGGCACUGGGGACGUUCUACUGUGGCAGAAGAAGAGCACCAUAAUCCCAAUACAGAAAGGCCAUAGAGUACUGGGCUCUGUGUCACCACUGGGGCCCCAUUCCUGGACUGGCCAAGCCUUGACGUCAUUCAGUACUGUGACAGCUGCCCAUGGUCCUCUGCCCUCUUCACGUUAGACAUUGUUUUCAGCCACAUACUGUAAGAUGCAAGCCCCUCAUUCCAUCGUUACACCCACUCGCUCACACUCGUAGCCUACUAUAAGACUGGUGUUUAGCCAAUGGUAUGUUCUACAGAGCGAGUGGACACUCGCUUGACUGUGUAAUCUGUGCUCUUCGUUGCUUUAGUUUCACUGAAUAACGCAUUUUAUAUUGUUUUUCAAGAAUGUCUGUUCAGUUGUGUGUAAAAUGUCAAGGAAGCGUGGCAAUUCCCAGAGUUCCCUUACAGUCCAGAACUACAUUUUACAUUUACAUUUUAGUCAUUUUAGCACACGCUCUUAUCCAGAGAGACUUACAGUUAGUGAGUGCAUACAUUUUUUAUACUUUUUUCAUACUAUUUUUUUCAUACAAACUAGUUCUGAACUGUUUGAUGUAGAGAUGGUUACAAGGCAACAGGCUACUGGAGUCGGUGUACUUCCCCUACUGUAGCUAGCUCUUGAAACUGGACCCUGCCUGUAAAACAAACCAUGUCUUUAUGUCUGCCAAGGGAAUCUCAACUACAUGCAGCAUAUACAUCAGAAAUGAUGGAUCCCUGGCUUCCUUGGGCUCUAUAGGGGUCAUUCUUUAUAGCCAGGAGCACCAAGGUCCAAGGACAGCUGGUUGGAGGAUACUAUGUGGACAUGCCAGUCUCCCUGGCAUCUAGUAGUAAAAUGAUACAGGCACUUCUAUUGUUUGCCCCUGUCGUUGCUGAGUCACUGAUUACGAGCACCUCUAACAAGGCCCCAGAAUUCUUCCUGGUCAUGUGAUCAGGAAAAGAACAGAUCUGAUCUCAUGCUUUUCCUUGUCUGAUUCUCUCUCUGUCUCUCUGUGUCUCUCUCUCUCUGUCUCUCUCUCUGUGCCUCUGUCUCUUUGUGUCUUUCUCUGUGUCUCUCUGUGUCUCUGUCUCUCUCUCUCUGUCUCUCUGUGUCUCUCUCUCUGUCUCUCUCUGUCUCUCUCUCUGUGUCGCUCUCUCUCUGUGUCUCUGUCUGUCUUUCUCUCUCUCUCUGUGUCUCUGUCUCUCUCUCUCUCUCGUGUCUCUCUCUCUCUCUCUUUCUCUCUUUCUCUCUCUCUCUCUCUCUCUCUGUGUGUCUCUCUCUCUCAAUUAAAAGGGCUUUAUUAGCAUGGGAAACAUAUGUUUACAUUGCCAAGGCAAGUGAAAUAGAUAAUAAACAGAAGUGAAAUAAACAAUCAAAAAUGAACAAACAUUACACUCAGAAAAGGCUAAAAGGAUAGAAACAUUUGUUAUAACGAUGUGCAAAUACAAAAGGGAAAAUAAAUAAACAUAAAUAUGGGUUGUAUUUACAAUGGUGUUUGUUGUUUGCUCGUUGCCCUUUUCUUGUGGCAACAGGUCACAAAUAUUGCUGCUGUGAUGGCACACUGUGGUAUGUCACCCAAUCGAUACAGGAGUUUAUCAAAAUUGGAUUUGUUUUCAAAUUAUUUGUGGCUCUGUGUAAUCUGAGGGAAAUUGUGUCUCUAAUGUGGUCAUACAUUUGGCAGGAGGUUUCCACCUCAUAGCCUUUCUUCUCUUGAGAGCCAGGUCUAAUUAGCGGGUAUCGGCCUAAUUCUGCUCUGCAUGCAUUAUUUGGUGUUUUACGUUGUACAUGGAGGAUGUUUUUUCAGAAUUCUGCAUGCAGAGUCUCAUUUUGAUGUUUGUCCCAUUUUUGUGAAUUCUUGGUUGGUGAGUGGACCCAAGACCUCACAACCAUAAAGGGCAAUGGGUUCUAUAACUGAUUCAAGUAUUUUUAGCCAGAUCCUAUUUGGUAUGUCAAAUUUUAUGUUCCUUUUGAUGGCGUAGAAGGCCCUUCUUGCCUUGCCUCUCAGAUCGUUCACAUCUUUGUGGAAGUUACCUGUGGCGCUGAUGUUUAGGCCGAGGUAUGUAUAGUUUUUUGUGUGCUCUAGGGCAACGGUGUCUAGGUGGAAUUUGUAUUUGUGGUCCUGGCAACUCGACCAUUAUUUUUGUCUUACUGAGAUUUACUGUCAGGGCCCAGGUCUGACAGAAUCUGUGCAGAAUAUAUACGUUCUGCUGUAGGACCUCCUUGGUUGGGGACAGAAUUACCAGAUCAUCAGUAGACAUUUCACUUCAGAUUCUAGUAGGGUGAGGCCGGGUGCUGCAGACUGUUCUAGUGCCCUCACCAAUUCGUUGCUAUUUAUGUUGAAGAGGGUGGGGCUCAAGCUGAAUCCCUGUCUCAACCCAUGGCCCUGUGGAAAGAAUUGUGCGUGUUUUUUGCCCAUUUUAACUGCACACUUGUUGUUGGUGUACAUAGAUUUUAUAAUGUUGUUUUUCCCCCAACACCACUUUACAUUGAUUUGUAUAGCAGACCCUCAUGCCAAAUUGAGUCAAUCUUUUUUUAAAUCAACAAAGCAUGAAAAGACUGUUUGUCAAUAAAGGUGUGCAUGGUGAAUAUGUGGUCUGUCGUACGGUAAUUUGGUAAAAAGCCAAUUUGACAUUUGCUCAGUACAUUGUUUUCACUGAGGAAAUGAACUAGUCUGCGGUUAAUGAUAAUGCAGAGUAUUUUCCCAAGGUUGCUGUUAACGCAUAUCCCACGGUAGUUAUUGGGGUCAAAUUUGUGUAUUGGGGUGAUCAGUCCUUGUUUCCAAAUAUUGGGGAAGAUGCCAGAGCUGAUGGUGGUGUUAAAGAGUUUAAGUAUAUUUUAUAAUUUAAUUUAGGAUACCAUCAACACCACAGGCCUUUUUGGGUUGGAGGGUUUGUAUUUUGUCCUGUAGUUCAUUCAAUGUAAAUGGAGAAUCCAGUGGGUUCUGGUAGUCUUUAAUAGCUGAUUCUAAGAUUUGCAUUUGAUCAUGUAUAUGUUGUUGCUCUUUGUAAUAGGGCCAAAAAGAUUGGAGAAGUGGUUUAUCCAUACAUCUCCGUUUUGGAUAGAUAAUUAUUUGUGUUUUUUUUUUUAGUGUUUUCCAAUUUUCUCAGAAGUGUUUAGAUACUGUGGAUUUUUCAAUUACAUUGAGCUGAUUUCUGACGCGCUGUUCCUUUUUCUGUAGUGUGUUUCUGUAUUGUUUUAGUGAUUCACCACAGUGAAGGCGUAGGCUGAGGUUUUCUGGGUCUCUAUGUUUUUGAUGGGAUAGGUUUCUCAAUUUCCUGCUUAGGUUUUUGGAUUCUUUAUCAAACCAUUUGCCAUUGUUUUAAAUGUUCAUAGGUUGUCUGCUUGAGAAAAAAACAAUUGAUAGGGAAGCUGAAAGGUCAAAUAUACUGUUUGGGCUUUCUACUGCCAAGUUUACACCUUCACUAUUACAGUUAAAUGUUUUGUCCAGGAAGUUGUCUAAAAUGGAUUGAAUUUGUUGUUGCCUAAUUGUUGUUUGGUAGGUUUCUACACUACUUUCCUUCCAUCUAUAGCGUUUCUUAAUAUUAUUCUGUUCCUUUGGCUUUGAUGCCUCAUGAUUGAGUAUUGCUCUGUUCAAGUAGACUGUGAUUUUGCUGUGAUCUGAUAGGGGUGUCAGUGGGCUGACUGUGAACGCUCUUAGAGACUCUGGGUUGAGGUCAGUGAUAAAGUAAUCCACAGUACUACUGCCAAGGAAUGAGCUAUAGGUGUACUUACCAUGGGAGUCUCCUCGAAGCCCACCAUUAACUAUGUACAGACCCAGCGUGCGACAGAGCUGCAGGAGUUGUGACCCGUUUUUGUUGGUUGUUUUGUCAUAGUUGUCUAGUGGACAUAUUUGGGAGGGAAUACUGUCACCUCCAGGUAGGUGUUUGUCCCCCUGUGCUGAGGGUGUCAGGUUCUUGUCCAGUUCUGGCAUUUAGGUCGCCACAGACUAGUACAUGUCCCUGGGCCGCGAAAUGGUUGAUCUCCCCCUCUAGGAUGGAGAAGCUGUCAUCUUUAAAGUAUGGGGAUUCUAUUGGGGGGAUAUAGGUAGCACGCAAGGACAUUUUUCUCUGUGAUAAUUUCCUUAUUAAUUUCUAGCCAGAUGUAAAGUGUUUGUGUUUUGACUAAUUUAAUAGAGUGGGUUAGGUCUGCUCUAUACCAAAUUAGCAUACCCCCUGAGCCUCUUCCCUGUUUUACACCUGGUAGUUUGGUGGAUGGGACUACCAGCUCUCUGUAACCUAGAGGGCAACCAGUGGGUCCAUCUCCUCUAUACCAUGUUUCUUGUAGGAUGACAAUGUCGGUAUUUCCAUUAUCUUUGAUGAAGUCUGGGCUCCUAUUCUUUAGGCCAAAGGCAGAUGACCUCAGACCUUGUAUAUUCCAGGAUGAGAUGGUAAAUGCUUCUCCCCCCCCCUCCCCCCCUCAGGCUGCAGAUAGCCCAGGAGGAGCACCGUACGGUGGAAGUGGAGAAGGUGAACCUGGAACAGAAGCUGAGGGAUGAGAUCAACUGUGCCAAGCAGGAGGCCCAGCGCCUCAAGGAGCUCCGCGAGGGCACAGAGAACGAGCUGAGUAGGCAGAAAUACGCAGAGGAGGAGCUGGACCAGGUACUGGACUGAACCACUUUGGGGAGGGACGGGGGUGGAGAACAAAUGCAUGUGGAUGAGAUAGGGGGAAUUAGUCUAGUGGGAUACUUCUUGAGAAACAAGGUGUGGUUGAGGCCAGUGACAUGAUCCUGUAGAGUAAAGCCCAAGAGGAUAGACAAUCCAACUGACUGAACCCUGUUAACCACUCUAUGUUCUAGGGAGCCAGCUAUACAUUUAGAUGGAUCAGAUACAGAAUGCUAUCAGUAGGAAUAACUCCCACUCAGCUCUUUGCCCAUCAGGGAAAUGGCAGGAGAAGAAGCAGCGGUCGGCCCACACAGGGCAGGUGAGCAGAGGGCUCACGUUGUGUACUCUCUCAUCAAUCCACUACUAUCACUAUGGUCUCCUGAGAACACUGCAGUCUGCUGGAGGAUCUGAUUUCAGUUCUCAAUAUGACUAGAGAAAGGACCUGAGAUGGCUCCCUCCUUUUAGUCUUUUUAGCAUACGUGCCUACGAAGAGUUUUUGUUUUUAUGUAGCCUACUUCCUGCAAAGAAUCCAGCUCAGAAUGUUUUCAUAUGACGUAAUGAUUAGAUUCACAGCUCCUGACUGCAAGCAGGGCCCAUUGCACACUAAUCCAAGGCCUAGUUCUUCAGAGGAUUUGGAAUGCUCAUUUCAUCUGGAGGGUUUCUCUGGAGGCCUGUUGUCUUGUUGUCGUGUCCCAGUGGAGGUCAAACCAGGUCAGCCCUCAUGUCUGCCUGAUCAGAAAAGAGAACCACUCUGAUGUCACAUGGCCCCAUAUACAGCCCUAUCUCUCCCUGUGCACAUGGCUUGCAGGCCUCCUGCUCCCCUGGCUGGCCCAGUGCUGCUCCAUUAAGGCUUGGCAGUGAUUGAGUCUAAGGGUGGCGGGGUGGCUCUGGGCUGAUUUGCACAGCUCUUAAUGAGGCUGUCUGGAGACAAAGAGAGCGCUAGCUUUCACGAGCCAAUGAGAUCACGUUUCCCUCUCCCACCUCCCCAUCCAAGUUCACAUCAUGGUCCAGAGAGACAGUGUGGGAAUGACACACUUGUGCUUAACCACAUUGACUUUUAGCGUGAAGACUUUGGUGUGUUCUUUUCACUGCUGUAUUGAGUCAGAAGAAGUUAUGUGCUGUAGGUUGACUUCUGGUCUUUGUGACCUGUGUGUGUGUCUGUGUGGUGUGUGUCUGUGUGUGUGUGUGUGUGUGUGCGCUGCAGGUGCGCAUGGCCCUGAAGAAGGCAGAGAAGGAGCUGGAGUCUCGCUGCAGCUGGUCCCCACCAGAGUCCCUCCAGAAGUGGCUGCAGCUCACCCAUGAGGUGGAGGUGCAGUACUACAACAUCAAGAAGCAGAACGCUGAGAAGCAGCUGCUGGUGGCUAAAGAAGGGGUGAGACGCCACGUGACUCCAUAUACCGUAUGAGGACUAGAUAUACCGUAUGAGGACUAGAUAUACCGUAUGAGGACUAGAUAUACCGUAUGAGGACUAGAUAUACCGUAUGAGGACUAGAUAUACCGUAUGAGGACUAGAUAUACCGUAUGAGGACUAGAUAUACCGUAUGAGGACUAGAUAUACCGUAUGAGGACUAGAUAUACUGUAUGAGGACUCGAUAUACUGUGAGGACUCGAUAUACUGUAUGAGUAGGGCCAGGAGAUUUCCCUGUCCAUGUGAGCAGGAGAAACUCUGGACCCUUAGUGUGACAGAACCGGAGAGUCAUGUUUUAUCGUGUGUGUGUGACUGCAGGCAGAGAAGAUCAAGAAGAAGCGGAACACCAUCUUUGGGACCUUCCAUGUGGCACACAGCUCCUGUCUGGACAAUGUGGAUCACCAAAUUCUGACAGCCAAGUGAGUUUAAUUAAAGUAUUAAUUAAAUGUAUUGGGAUUUGUCUAAAGCCAAUAUCUCCUAUAUCUAUGUUCACAUUGUGAUCUGUGUUUGUGUUCCUCUGUCCUCCUCCUCCCCCCCGUCUCCCUCUCCUCUCCUCCGGUCCAGACAAGCCCUGGGUGAGGUGACUGCUGCUCUGAGGGAGAGGCUGCAUCGCUGGCAGCAGAUUGAGAUUCUGACGGGGUUCACCAUCGUCAACAACCCUGGGCUGUCCUCCCUGGCCUCCACCCUGAACCCUGACCCCAGUAUCAUGGGCGGCCGGGCCACGCCCCAGCACUUCAUUAUGUCUGAUGACAUGGACGACUUGGACGAGGACAUCAUAUCGCCCGGAACUCUGCAAUGUAAGGGCUCGACCGACUCCCUCGGCCCCACUGUGGGACUCAGUAGCAGAAUACCCCCUAAAUACACCAAGGGCCUCCUGGGGAAAUCCAAAAGUCAACUCUCAUAUGAAAAUUAGCACACAUAAAAUAUUAUCAUUAACGAUUUAUCAACGAUUCUAUGAAUUUACAAAAUGAGCGACCCUGUUGGUGAAGGGAUUCAGGGUGUUUGUCUUUGAUUGAGAGUGUUGUGUAAUUGUAAUUUCACCAGUUUUAUAUACAUGUUUUCAGUUGGUUAUUAUGUUCCAUUUUGGAAAUUGGUGUUGCCUUGAUAUAUGGGAAUUUCACUUCUGGGAUGGAGUGUAAGAUGAGAACAAGGUGAAUAAUGUUGAUAUCCCAUGCUGUAAAAAUGAACCUCUGAAGAAAUACAUACUUCAUGACAACAAAUCUUUGUGCUGAUCUGUUUUUAGCAGUUUUCGCCUAGUAUGACCAAUUGAAUGUGCUGUUAGGACACGGCUGAAAUGAAGGACUGAACAUGAAGUAAUAGUAAGCAAUAUCAAAGGUCAUUGUCCUCCAGUAUCCUAUAAGCUUUAUAAGGCUUUAGCUUUGAUCUAGGCCUAUAUUUGGGAAAGAGGAAGGCACAAUGGUGCACACACUCCCAAGUAAAACAGUCUUCCUUGUAGUGCUGCCCGGAAGAAAGUUAGCUUUAUCUCCUCACAUAGAGCCUUGCUUUCUAUUGUGUUGAGGUCAUGUAAUUCCCCUGUGGGUACAUUUUAGUGCAUUUGGAAAGUGUUCAGACCCCUUGACUUUUUCCACAUUUUGUUACGUUACAGCCUUAUUCUAAAAUGGAUUACAUUGGGUGGGUUUUCUAAUCAAUCUACACACAAUACCACAUAAUGACAAAGCAAAAACAGGUUUUUAGAAAUGUUUGCUAAUUUAUUAAAAAUACAAAACUAAUAUUACAUUUAGUAUUCAGACCCUUUACUCAGUACUUUGUUGAAGCACCUUUGGCAGCGAUUACAGCCUUGAGUCUUCUUGGGUAUGACACUACAAGCUUGACACCUUUAUUUGGGGAAUUUCUCAAAUUCUUCUCUGCAGAUCCUGUCAAGCUCUGUCAGGUUGGAUGGAGAGCGUUGCUGCACAGCUAUUUUCAGGUCUCCAGAGAUGUUAGAUCGGGUUCAAGUCUGGGCUCUGGCUGGGCCACUCAAGGACAUUCAGAGACUUGUCCCGAAGCCCCUCCUGCAUUGUCUUGGCUGUGUGCUUAGGGUCGUUGUCCUGUUGGAAGGUGAACCUUCGCCCCAGUCUGAGGUCCUGAGCACUCUGGAGCAGGUUUUCAUCAAGGAUCUCUCUGUACUUUGCUCCGUUCAUCUUUCCCUCGAUCCUGACUAGUCUCCCAGUCCCUGCCGCUGAAAAACAUCCCCACAGCAUGAUGCUGCCACCACCAUGCUUCACCGUAUGGAUGGUGCCAGGUUUCCUCCAGACGUGACGCUUACCAUUCAGGCCAAAGAGUUCAAUAUUGGUUUCAUCAGACCAGAGAAUCUUGUUUCUCAUGGUCUGAUAGUCCUUUAAGUGCCUUUUGGAAAACUCCAAGAGUCUUGGUGGUUCCAAACUUCUUCCAUUUAAGAAUGAUGGAGGCCACUGUGUUCUUGGGGACCUUCAAUGUUGCAGACAUUUUUUGGUACCCUUCCCCAGACCUGUGCCUCGACACAAUCCUAUCUCGGAGCUCUACAGACAAUUCCUUCGACCUGAUGGCUUGGUUUUUGCUCUGACAUGCACUGUCAACUGUGGGACCUUAAAUAGACAGGUGUGUGCCUUUCCAAAUCAUGUCCAAUCAAUUGAAUUUACCACAGGUGGACUCCAAUCAAGUUGUAGAAACAUCUCAAGGAUGAUCAAUGGAAACAGGAUGCACCUGAGCUCUAUUUCGAGUCUCAUAGUAAAGGGUCUGAAUACUUAUGUAAAUAAGGUAUUUUAUUUUAUAUGCAUUUGCAAAAAAAUAAAACACUGUUUUCGCUUUGUCAUUAUGGGGUAUUGUGUGUAGAUUGCUGAGGAUUUUUCUUUAUUUAAUCAAUUUUAGAAUAAGACUAGAACGUAACAAAAUGUGGAAAAAGUCAAGUGGUCUGAAUACUUUCUGAAUGCACUGUAUCACCUUGUUUCAGCCACUAAGGAAUUAAAUACUCAGGGUUUCUGCUUUUGAAAUGGAGAAUUACAGCUUUUAUUAACCAGUUACGAUCUCAAAGGGAGUUAUGAUGCAAACAUACUUUAGUUCUUAUGUCUAUUCCUAGUCUUGUGGUAACCUAAAUGUAUUAUAUUUAUCACAACAUAAUGUUGACAUAUAAUGUCAAUCAAUGUGUACUAUGGUCUCCUGGUACCCAUCUCUGAUGAGCUCUACUGGGCAGUAUUUGGAUUAUGAUUGUAGCAGACCCAGAGAGAAGGGCUGAUACUAACUGUCUGGGUUAUGAUUGUAGCAGACCCAGAGAGAAGGGCUGAUAACUGUCUAGGUUAUGAUUGUAGCAGACCCAGAGAGAAGGGCUGAUACUAACUGUCUGGGUUAUGAUUGUAGCAGACCCAGAGAGAAGGGCUGAUAAUAACUGUCUGGGUUAUGAUUGUAGCAGACCCAGAGAGAAGGGCUGAUAAUAACUGUCUGGGUUAUGAUUGUAGCAGACCCAGAGAGAAGGGCUGAUAAUAACUGUCUGGGUUAUGAUUGUAGCAGACCCAGAGAGAAGGGCUGAUAAUAACUGUCUGGGUUAUGAUUGUAGCAGACCCAGAGAGAAGGGCUGAUAAUAACUGUCUGGGUUAUGAUUGUAGCAGACCCAGAGAGAAGGGCUGAUAAUAACUGUCUGGGUUAUGAUUGUAGCAGACCCAGAGAGAAGGGCUGAUAAUAACUGUCUGGGUUAUGAUUGUAGCAGACCCAGAGAGAAGGGCUGAUAAUAACUGCAGGGGUAAGCUGAGCUCUAGUUCUGCAGUCUCCUUCUAGAGUUCUGUCACUGCAGUCCUCUAGUAAGUAUUCUAAUCCACAUGAAUAACACUUCCCUUCUCUCCCCCCACCAACACUUUCUCUUUGGUUUUUGGCUGCAGCUGCCAUUCGUGUCUCUGGUCGACCCCCAGACACCAACUGCCUCAAGGACCGACGAGCGAGUGAUCUGUGGUCCGUGGCUUCGGACAGCCAGUCCCUCAGGAAAUACUCUGGUUGGCCUGUUAGCUACUCAUACCCCCUCGUCCUGACCUCAACACUCUCCUCUCCUCUCUCUCUCGCUCUCUCUCACCCACCCCUGUCAAAGCCUCACAGAGCACAUAUUGUAACAAUCUGGCCUGGGGCAGGGGUCUGUAGAUGGAUAUAGCUGUAACACUCUGGCCUGGGGCAGGGCCUGUAGAUGGAUAUAGCUGUAACACUCUGGCCUGGGGCAGGGCCUGUAGAUGGAUAUAGCUGUAACACUCUGGCCUGGGACAGGGCCUGUAGAUGGAUAUAGCUGUAACACUCUGGCCUAGGGCAGGGCCUGUAGAUGGAUAAGGCACUGUCCAUGCUGUGUCCACGUACACCUGGCCGUCUCCAACUGUCCAAUGACUUGCUCUUUUUUCUCAACCUGAUCCUCAUCUUCUUCCUCAUCACCCAGAGAACUCUUCCACUCACCAGUGACUAAUGCGCUUAGACCCUCUCACAACAUACGGGCACUGUCUGAUUUUACAAAUGAAGGGGGAAGGAUUGGUUAUGAUGAAAUAUUUCACUUUUGUCCCGCCUGCAAGAAUUCUCACCAGAUACCAGCCAAACGUCUCACCAGACACCAGCCAAACGUCUCACCAGACACCACCUAUCCCUCCUGUUCUCUUGUUUUUUAAGUUAAUACUAUGGCAUAGCUAAGGCCUAUGUGUUUGAACAUCAGAUAUUUUGCAUCCAUCACUUGCAUUUCUUCCAACCAAAUGUUACUGAAGUGCUCAAAACAGAUUUCAACAACACCAAUUCAGUACUGAAAUGUCUUCUGCUACUGCCCUCCCAGUCUAAUUCCAACCUACUCUUUUUCCCUCACCCUGUGUGUUAUGUAUAAUCGGAGAGUGGUUGUUGAUAAUGGUGUUGUUCUGUGUUGUGUCCACAGCUCCCAGUAUGAUGUCCCUGCGUCAGCGCCACAUGGACUCCCAGCUGGCCAUGGGCUCCCAGAGGUUGGUAGAGACCUGCCUGUUGGCGGGGCAGCAGGGAGACGGCACCUCCUACCCAUCCAGGUCUAGGGCCCCCCUUCAACAGUCACACAACCAGUCCUUCCAACAGUUUGAGGCUCUCCCCCUGCCUCCCUUGUCCUCGGCUGUCUCGCACCCUUCCAUCAUCUGCUCUUACCGUCAGCCCCACUCCUCCUCCUCCUCCUCCUUACACUCCACCUCUCCUCAUUCCUCCAAUGUCUAUCACUCGUCUUAUUUUCAGCCCAUGGACACCAUCCCAGACUUCCAGCGUAGCAGCAGCUUCGGGUACCCCUCUGCUCUCUUCUCUCCACACGCACCGCAUGCGCCUGGUCUUUUCUCCCAGCCUACUUUUUCACCCCAUAGUUUGACCCAUAGUUUUCUCAUUUUCAUUAACGAUAGUUUCAUCUGACUAUAACUCACCCAUUUUCAACCUUCUUUUGCAUUAUUACUUUUCUUUUAAAAUCCAUUUUGUUGUUUUAUUCAGUCUUUCAUAUUUGAGUUUUUGCCAUCCACUCCCAAUCCUUGUCUUUCCCGAUAGCCCAAACAACCCUGCCCCCUGCCUGCACUACUAACAGGAGUGGAGUUCCAGUUUCCCAGUAGUGCCCACAGUGUCCUUGGCUUUAUAGGCAUUGUAUAGAUUACCUCCAGCAUACAGUGCUUUUGCUUGGAUCCACUUUUCAGUCAGGCUCAGUGCAGAAACAACCCCUCUACCCCAUAGGUAUCCCAUAGUUCUGAAAGGAUUAGAAAGGUGUAAGCAUUCCAUCUGGUGGUAAACAAAUCCACCUAGCCUAUCAGAGGGGGAAAUGGAGCUACUACCAUUGCUUAUAUCUGUCCAGUUAUUUCAGAUCUACUUGAAGUGCCUAGGUGGGAGAGGCUAUAGAAUGUCUCUGGACCGUUCCACAUCGUCCCACUCUUCCUCUCUUCUGUUCUUCUACAGGGAUCUGAACCGCUCCGACUCAGACUCCUCCCUGUGCCUCUCCCAAAUCGGUGAUCGUCUGUCUGCCUACAGCUCCAAGGGCCACCCGGUGAAACCCACCUCCUUCCUGUAUGGCCCCCCUGUCCGCUCCGCCUCAGACGAGCCCGCCCUGAAUGCCCACACCCCUAACGGAGGGAACCGUGUCCACGAGGGAGGAGCCCAUGCCGAGCCAGUCCCAGAGAGCCCCAUCCUGAUGAAGAAGGUGUACAGCAUCGAGAAGUCAGCCAGCCUGGGAGAGAUGGAUGUUGGCCUCGUCGGUAUGUCCAUGUCAGAGUCCUCCUGCUCCCUCAGCCUCAACUCCACCGACGUCGACACCCCCUCCCCCACGGGGGGUCAGCCUGGGGUCGCAGGGGCCAAGGGCAGCAGCCGCAUCCCUCAGCUCUCCUCCAAGAAGAGCCCUCUGGAAGAAGACAGCGGCUCCACGGGAGAAGACACAGAUUCCGUCGCCAGCCGCAAGAAACACACCUUCAAGAUCUUCAAAAAACAGAGGAAAUAA